GCCAUGACAGUCGCAUUUUGGCACAUUCUCCAGCAGCAGUCCGUCAAAGCAAAGUGACGCGGAGGAGACGACGGCGAGUGUUUUGGAUUUACGGAACAUAAAGUGGGCAUUGGGAACCUUUUCCUCGGCCGCUGUGCUUCCAGCCUGCUUGAAAAGAGUCAGCAUGUCCAGCGAGGUGCAGCCGCGGCCGGACGACAGCCCCAACACCAGCGGGGGCAGCUCGGAUGCCGAGCAGAGGGAGGCGGCCCCCCCGGAGCAGCCUGGCCCCGAGCAGCGCGACCAGUCUCAGCCUAAGAAGAAGGAGGCCAAGAUCUCCAGCAAGACCGCUGCCAAGCUCUCCACCAGCGCCAAGAGGAUCCAGAAGGAGCUGGCAGAGAUAACGCUGGACCCGCCGCCAAACUGCAGCGCCGGACCUAAAGGAGACAACAUCUAUGAGUGGAGGUCCACCAUCCUGGGCCCUCCAGGCUCCGUGUAUGAGGGGGGGGUGUUCUUCCUGGACAUCACCUUCACACCAGACUACCCCUUCAAACCACCUAAGGUGACGUUCCGGACGAGGAUCUACCACUGCAACAUCAACAGCCAGGGGGUGAUCUGCCUGGACAUCCUGAAGGACAACUGGAGUCCCGCCCUCACCAUCUCCAAGGUCCUGCUGUCCAUCUGCUCCCUGCUCACUGACUGCAACCCUGCUGACCCUCUGGUUGGAAGCAUCGCCACACAGUACCUGACCAACAGAGCUGAGCACGACAGGAUAGCCAAACAGUGGACCAAGCGCUACGCCACAUAGAGCAGCCCCUGUUCUGUGAUGCCUCCCCCCCCCCCCCCCCCAACCACACGUCCAACACUUCCUCUCCUCUGGAUCCAUGGAAGCACACCUGUCCCUGUCCUCCAGCCCUACCCGCUGACAUACGAACUGUUAUCUGUUCCAUGCUGACUUGAAAAGCUUCUUUUUAUACAAAGAGUCUAUUGGGAUUAUAUUUUCCAAUAGACUGAAUGUUGAUAUGGUCAUGAAAAGCUUUAAUACUGUUCUUGUUGAUGUCGCCGUUCUUAAUGCAUUGUUUAUACCAUGGUCGCCACUCUGGGCACGUCCUAUACUGAAAAGCGUGCGUGGAUUCUCCAUGGGUCAUGUGAUGUAAAGAUGUUCAUACUGAGUGAGUGUGUGUAGUUUUUUGUGUUUUAGCCCCAGGCUUCUGGUCAGUAGUAGUGCAUGGCAUCUGGAUGUGUGUUCAUGCAGCGUAGUCACAGUAUCCGUUCUGUCCCUGCAGACUCGUGGCAUGGAGUGAGCUCAUCAUCAUCAUGUAUAACGUUAGCUGUUAGUUGGCUGUACAUUUAUUGCCUCGUGGGAAAACAUAGUGAAUUAAACACUGGGUGUAAUGUGACA